UUGCCAAACCGCCAUAAAACACCAGAAGAAGAAUGCCCAAUACGCCAGAUGCCAACCGCCGUAAAAACAAAUAGGAAGAAGGCGCUACGGGAAUACAGUUACGCAAGAGGAUUUUAGAUCUGGGUCCUUUUUGGCAUUGUGCAUAUCAACACACAGUUUGUAAAGUCUUCAAACAUUCUGUAAGGCUGCUGUGCUGGUAAGUGUCCCAGAGGAUUUCAGUAUGAGUGAUGGCAUGGGAUGGGGAGGCAGCAGUAUCCUUAAGAGUUAUGUGUCUUUUAAAAUGAUGUAAAAAAUGAAACGACAACAUAAACAAACUAGUAAUUGUCACAAGCAGUGCCAGGGAUCACGUUCAGCCAUACUCUGGUAGACAUUCAGCUUUAACUCAAGAUGCACCCAGAUCUGUCUCCCCAUCUUCAUACUGAUGACUGCAAUACACUUAUAACUCUUCUCAAGCAAUGCCACAAGGAGCACAAUGUUCUCAGGUUCUUUGGCACAUGUAAUGAUGUGGACCGUGCAAUGCGUGAUUGUCUCAAAAAAGAGGUGAGGAUAACGCUAAUGCUCUAAUGCUGUUUAUUCUCUUAUAGCUCACCUUCAAAAAAGCCCUAAAAACUAUAGGUUUGAUGAACUGUCUGGUUUGUUCACUGAACAACAACUUGUAGAUAACCAGUAAGGGGCUGUUCACGUCACAUUUUUUAGAGAGUGAUGCGGGUCGUGAUGCAAUUGCAUUGUGGCACGCUUGUUUUCUUACAUCUAUGCCAUAGCAAGGUAUCUUGAUGCACUAUGCACUUAAACUAUACACUAUGUACUCUACCAUCUAGUGUAUUCAUUUUAGAUGGUAUUUAUCAAUUAUUACUUAGUAUUGUCUUAAAUGGAACACUUAACAGCUUUAUUAGGGCUGGGUAUUGCAACUAAUUUGGCAAUUCGAUUAGAUUUAUAUGGUUUCAUUUCAAUUCGAUUACGAUUUCGAUUAGAUUCAAUGUUAUGCAGCUUUCAAUAUUUCAUUUAAAAUGUUAGAUUUGCAGACACGCAAUUAAUAUUUAAAUAUAAAAACCCUCCAACUUAGCUAUAAUACUGAAAUACAUAUUUACGUUAAAAAAGGCCCACACAAUUAUGUUUACAAUUGUUGCAUUUCCGCUAUCAUUUUGCCGUUGUGGGCCGCCACACCAAAAAUCCUCCCCGCCCCGACUGCAGCUUCUCGGUGACGCAGUGUUUCCCAUUUAUUUAAUUCAGUCAUAGUUUCCCACCAGUGUUGUUAGGUUAGCAACUCUUUCACCUGAUUUACCGACUUUUCUGACCCCUUUAGCAGUUUUUGUUUAGAAGAAGCACAUAACAACAAACCUAGAGCCUUUUUGGAUAAACCAAACCAGCUUUCUGUCACGGAACGUAUAGACAGAACCCAAUCGCAGACGGAAGAGUACGACAAAAAUGUUUUUAUUUAAACACAAAACAAAAUCCCACGAGGGGGAAUAUACUUAGGAGUCAAAAAUAAUAAACGCUGUACACUAAUACAAAAGGUAGAGACUAGGGAACCAGUGAAACAUGAACAACUCAAGACUUACUAGAACAAUUGACAUGAAGGAGUUGACAUGACUUAUUCGACAUGGAGUAUUGACAUGGAGUACUAGACAUGAGGUAUUAGACACGACGUAGUUGACAACAAACCGGCAAAAGACAGAGAACAAAGGGGCAUUAUGUAGGGAACACUAACAAAGGAUAAUUACAUACGGGAGGUGACAGGCAGGUGACUGGGAUUAACACUAAGGGCAUGAUUACGGGAGACAGGAAGGCGGGGCUAAGAGACAAGACAGGAUGACACGCGGCGCAAAGUAACAACAAAAGCCACGUGUCUCCACACAAAACGCAACAUAAACCCGCAAGACGUGGUACUGUCACGACUCUGUCCAGAGAGCAUGAAAACUCGUAACAGGAAAGACAGAGUCCUGACACUUUCAAUAGGUGCUUUUCCAUAGGCGAGCUUAUCAUUGAGCCGGGCCAAGCCAGUAGCCUCAAACCUCCGGCUACGGGCCAAAUUUAAGAAGCGU